AUGCGAGAGGUGGAAGUUAGCAUAGGCAAUUGGAUAGACCGUCUCUGGUCUCUUCAGGUGGAACAAGGGUCACAACUCCGUGACAUCCUAACAUCCAUGACAAAGGAAGUCAGUCUUAUGCUUCCCCAAAACCCCAUUCAGCCCGCAUCGCAAGAUCAAGUCAUUAGUCCUAUGAAGAAACCUGAUACACCCGUCAACCAGGAGAUCAGGGAGGAGAGCACCUUUUAUGUAGACCAGGAUAUCAAUGCCGCUUCAGGAGUUGAAGGAGGCCUCAAGAAUGAUGAUAGAGAAUUGUCUAUGGACCACAUUACUGUUGUCCACAAGCUCCUCACGUGGCCCUCCAUCAAAGCCCUUCUUUUACGCCUUAUGAAGUACAGGGAUAAUGCGGAACCUGAGGUGGAUUGCGGUCUGGUACGGGGGUAUGGACGCGGCGAAGGCAAUGAUACAAAUGAGGGCUCCCAGCAGGGGCAAAAACCAUGCAUGGAAAACAUGUACACUCUCAGCUGGGAUGAGGGCCUCCUCCCAACUGGCUCGCCCAGUGGUGCAACCUGGAAAGCCCCUGGUAAAACAACCCCAAUUAACCCCAGCACAUCAGUGAUAACAACUGAGCAUGGCAUUGAGGAAUCCGGCACAUUCACCACCGACCCGGACACUGUGCGUCGUCUACAAUGCAACUACAUGAAGCACGUGCACAAGCUGCACCCUUUUCUUGACCAGAAAGACCUCGAGAAGAAGAUUGACAUAUUCAUUGGUAUAUAUUGCCCAGCGAGAACCACGGACAGCCAUAACAGUAGCAGGGGUCACCAGAAGGGAACCAAGCGCAAGCGUUCCAAGAGAAUUGAGCUGUCAGUUGACAAUGCAGUGAUUUUGCUAGUCCUUGCCCUAGGCAGUAUCAAUGAAUAUCACGAUUGUGCUGUGCCGUGCCCGAUGCCCCGAUGUUGUUGCAAAGAAAGGAACACUGGUAUUAUCCGAGGAUCAAAAUAUUAUGGAUAUGCCGCCCAAAUUUUGGGGAGUCUCCAGGGAGCUAAUUGUCUGCCCCAUGUCCAAGCUGCGUUGCUUGCUGGUCUCUAUGUCGGUCAAUUAGCGCAUCCAUUCCAGAGUCAUGGAUGGAUUAACCAGGCCGCUCGGGCCUGUCAGGUGCUAGUUCGACCGGGACGAUAUUAUGAGAUGAAUGAUGGUCUUAUGAAAGACCUUUGCGGCUUGGCCUACUGGACUUGUUUGCAGCUGGAAAGUGACAUUUUGACCGAAUUUGAUCUUCCAGCUAGUGGAAUAUCGCGUCUGGAAGGCAUGAUUGCCGUUCCCAAGGGACUUACUUUGAAUCUGUCCAAUGAGACCGACAUCUCUAGUCAAAAGAUGAUGUUCGUCUACUCGGCUCGGAUUUAUCUACAGAAGAUUUUAAAUAAGGCCUCUACGUAUCUGUGCAAAGUUGGGAAACAACCUUGCUCGUUAUUUAAGGUGCAGAGAAUCCUGAGCAUAAACCUUCAGCAGUGGCGAAAUAGUCUUCCAGAUAUGAUGCAAUGGGAAGAUUCUGGUCCAUCCUCAAGGGAUAUCGACAUCGUCCAAAUGCGCGUCAAAUACUACCGAGCACGCUAUAUCAUUCACCGACCACUACUCUACCAUGCACUGCACAUUGCCAGUCAGCCAGAAUCUGUUGGAACUUUUACUGCAGCCUCUGGCAUGAGUGUCUCACAUUCCCAGCAGGUGUCUUCAUCCAUGAUACACAGCCAACAGGUCACCAGUAUUGCGCGAUUACAUGAGGGCUCCGGACCAGUGCAAUCCUCAACCACCACGCCAGUUGGCAAAUGGACAUCAUUGACCUUUCGAGAUCUUUCACCAGCAUUGCAGCAAACUUGCAAGAUCUGCAUCGACUCGGCAAUUCUGAGUAUGAAGACAUUGGAUGGCAUUGAAAGUCGUCCUGUGGAGAGCAACAUCUUUGGCACGGCUCAUGCGCAAUUUGGUAACAUGUUGGUGCUGUCUGCUACGUACGUGUCCAGUCUUUCAGAACUGGUGGACAGCAAUGUCCUCAAGCAAUUACUCAAGCGUACGAUCCAUUUCCUGCGGCAGAGGCAACAUAUUUUGCCUAGUCUCCGGGCUGAUGCGAAGAUUCUGAUGAAGGUUUAUGAAGAAAUCUUCUCGGAGGCUCCUGUGAGUAUUUCAUUUGUUUGA